AAAAUGCAGCAAGUUUAUUCUUGUGGGUUACAGCUUUUAUAUCUUUUUUCUUGUUACAUUUACUUUAUCUCAGCAGAAAAAGGGGUAAACAGAAAGGAAAUAGAAACUCCAUAAAAAUAGUGAUCAGGGGCUUGUGAUAACCGCUCACAAAACAGUUUAAGGGGGUUUGUGAUAAUAGUUUACAAAGCAGUUUGUUUUUCAAAGAUACACAGUGCAAGCAAACAAUGGUGCCCUUAAGGUGGCUUGUUAAACCUGUUUCCAUCAGGAGGUAGAUCAAAGGCUUAGCUCCAGGGAAAGUAUGGGCAGGGGGCGCUUGUCCCUCUUAGGCAUCUCGAUUGUAGCAAGUUUAUUGCUUACACAGAGACUGAUGGGGACAUGAAAGCAGACAGCACAAUGUCCUCAUAAACCGCAGACCUUUGCUUUGUAUUCUGUUUUUGCCUCAGUGACUCAGCCCGAGGCCUUUUGUCUCAGCUCGACAGCCCUCGAGAGGUGGGAGUGCAGAUAGGUCCAGCAGCCAAGAUGGGGCGAGUCACACUAACUGUCUCAAGCCCUUGGCACGAAUGCUGCACAUCUCCCACUUUUUUACUUUGCAAAUGAAGUGCAAACACCUUCAGUUGCAUUUCUCGGAGGGUGGAGAAUACGAGAUGGAAGACACAUGACAGGCACAUUAGCAAUAUAAGAACACAAACAGCAAUGACAAGCAGAGAUGAAAAGGAAGGGAGAUGAAAGUGAUUUAUCCAAGAGGACAUGGCAUCAACAAAACUGUGAGCAAUAGAAUUGUCAUCAGGUAAUUGUGACCGAGAAAGGUCAAUGGCCGAAAUUUCUUGCUGCAAACGUGAGAUGUCAAGAGAGAGAUUGUUAUGAGACCAGAUGCCCUGUAAAUGGGCCUUAAUAAGUGGCCACUGCCACUGGGAACCAUUGUAGGGAGCACUGGCAACACAUAUAUAUUUAUAGUGAGCAUGACAUCUAAGUGGAAGUCGAUUUUCUAAGUUAUACACUUUGUCCCCUAAGAUGGUUACAGUUUGUUCUAAGGCAUUCAGUUUAGCUUCUAACUUAUCAUCAAUAGACAUUUGAGUUCCCAUAGCAAUAGAAACAUUUUUUGCCAAGUGAUUCACAUAUAUAGCAGUAUUAACGGAUUUUGAAAGACUAACAGCAGCUGUAGCUGUAGAAGCUAUCACAGACACAAUGGCUAUAAAUCCAGCAAUGAGUAUACCAAGGAAACAUUUUUGAUGCCAAAGGAGCAGAGAUUGGGUUUUGUAAAACAGAGAGUAUGAAUGCUCAUCAUACCAAGGACCUGGGAUAUUUACAGGAAGCAUAAUGUAAGGGGGCUGAUGAACAACAAGAAUUGUGUCAACAGGGAACAUGGGGCAUCAAUACAAUUUGUGAGUAGGCAAUUCAAGCAGGAAAUAGUAUAAUGACCAUUUUGAACCUGAAAAGGUACUGGCCCUAGUAGAAGGGCAUAGGGAGCAGCUAUGCAUGAACGUAUGGAGAAGGUUUGUACAGGCUUAUCAACGUUGCUUCCGUGGCCUGUGUAAACUGUAGGAUGAAUAACCAGGAAAAGCCUCCAUAGAGAGGAAUCGGUUUUGCCAGAGGCUGUGGUAUACAGGGGAGUGUUCCAUGCUCCGGGGGACUCAUUUCGAUGGAUACCAGAAAGACGAGGAGAGGGUACAGACCAAUCAUAAAGAGGAAACCCUGUAACAAGGUGGGAACGAAGAGCAUGAGCUGAUGGGGAAAGACAAGAGUGCCAGACAGGUGCGGGGUCAAGCGAUUUGUUGGUCACAUGGCAAUGUUGCUGGUCAUAUAUGGGCAGUUGAGCAAGAGUAACUUCUAACGAUUCCCUGAGUCCAAUAUAGGAUGCAAUCCAAUUUCUAUUAAAUUGAGGAGUAUUUCUGGGUAGAGUUUCAAGGCCGCUAUAAGCAAAGGAACGGCGAAUGCCUAAAUUGAAGCAAUAGGAGGGUGAAGGCUGAGCAGUAGAUACAGGUGUGUAAUGUAGAUCUUCUAUGUAAAAGGGCAUAGAGUACAGCUUGGCAGCAUGGAAACACAUAGGAGGAGAAAUGGAUUGACCAAAGAAGGUGUAGUUUGCUGAUUGAGGAUAGAUGUGAGCGGCUGAAGGGGUGCCAAAUAUUGACAUGUCGUUAAGGAAGACAGUAAAGGUAGGAUCAUCCCAGGUAACAGGACGGAGUAAAGGAGGAUCAGGAACAUAGGCCCAAAAGGCGUCAGGAGAAUCAUAAGUAGGCACAGUGUGUGCCAACGUAGAAAAUGGCUAGCAUGGCUAAAAAUAGAGCAACCGGAUUAAGAGAAUGUCCUUGCUGAUGGACAAUGUGUGAUGCGUCAGCCACUGGGUGUCGCAUCUGGGUCCAGGUUGGGACUGGAACUUCUUGAGGAGGCGUCGGCUGGUGCCGCUGGCGAUGGACACGGAGGGAUGUCGUCCUCCGUAGGCGUAGACGUCGGAUUCUCAGGGGAAGGGAGUUCGGUGAAGUCAUCUGAGGGAACGGCCGACGGGGAGAUGUUAGUCGAGGAAGAGGGAUGGUCACUGGUCUCGGAGAGGACUGUCUUCUUUGGGGCAUGCUUGACGUGUCACUCGGGCACCCAGAUAGGUGAGGGGGCAGAUCUAGGAAAGACACAAACGUGACCUCUGCCCCAAACUAACACUGGGUCAGGGCCAUUCCACUGAUUAGAGAAUAAAUCUUUCCAUAACACCACAGGUGUGGCUGAGUCCUUUGGGUGCCAGAAUCGAUCAGCUGCUGAGUGGCCCUCGGCAUCAAGGGUUAAAAAAUUUAGAACAUAAAGAGCAUACCGAAGUACAUCAUGUGGAGACUUGCAAAAGGAAGGAGGUGAAUUAUUUAGUUUAAGUAAUAAAGUUUUAAGGGUGAAAUGAGCACAUUCAACAAUUCCCUGUCCUUGAGGAUUACAGGGAAUUCCUGUCUUAUGAAUCACCUGGAAUUGAGAACAAAGGGUUUGGAAUGAAGAGCUGGUGGAAGCUGGAGCAGGAUCAGUCUUCAAAAUGUUUGGUGCACCUAGGCUGGAGAACACGAGUAGACAAUGAGCAGUCACGUCUUUGACUGCCUCUCCUGUAUGGGCUGAAGCUAUUAUGAAAUGAGAAAAAGUGUCAAUAGUUACAUGCACAUAUUUUAAAUGACCAAAGGAAGCAAUAUGGGUGACAUCCAUCUGAAAGAUGUGGCCAGGCUGUAGGCCACGAGGGUUUACUCCGGUAUGUGCAGUUUGAGGCAAGUGAGUCACACAAGCAGGGCAUUGCUUAACAAUGGCAGGAACCUGUUCUCUGGUGAUCUGGAAUUGUAACCGCAGGCUACGGGAGCCCUGGUGGUGCAGGGCAUGGGACGUCUCAGCCCGUUGUAACGAGAAAGGGCAGGGGCUAUGACUGGGCAAGUGAGAGCAUCAGCACGCCUGUUGCCUGCAGAGAGAGGACCGGGUAAAUCAGUAUGUGCACGAAUGUGACCAAUAAAGAAUUGCUGAGUCCACUUGCGGACGGUCUGCUGUAAAGGAAGAAGUAGGUGUAUUAUAGCAGGACUGUCAGAAAAUGACAAGGGCACUGUCUCCAGCAGACUGAUCAGGUUAACUACAUAUUGACUGUCAGAGUAUAUAUUAACUGACUGACCACAAGUGCAGAGCACGUGUUGAACAGCAAGCAAUUCCACCCUUUGGGUGGAAGUUUCAGGUGUCUGGAAAGAAAAGGGAACAUCAUCAAUCUGUUCAGCGGCAAGUCCGUUUGAGUAACUGUCUGUGAAUGCCAAAGCGGCCUGAGAAAUUGGCUGCAAAGAACAUGGCUUGGGGAAAAUAAGAUUACAUUUGGAAUAAAAAUGCAGUAUUUUGUCUUUGGGAUAGUGGCAGGAAAGCUGUCCUGUGACACCUGCAAGAACUAAUUGCCAUGAGUCAGAAAAUGACCACAACCACGAUUGUUCUUGGGUGCUGUAAGGAACAAUCACAAUAGGUGGGUCAGAGCCAGAGAGAGUGAGUGCCCUGAGGUGGCCUUGGGCAAUUAGCAUAGACACUAAGUCAUGAUAAGGAGUGACAAUACGAGGCCGACCGGCAGACAGGUGGAGCCACUCCAAGACUCCCUUUUGCCAGAAAAGACCUGUGGGGGUGUAAGAGGUGCGUAAAAUGCAUAAACACCAAGGCACUCCAGUAGUGACACGGUUUAGUUUUUGCUCAGAGAGAGCAUCUUGCACCAAUUGCAAGGCAUGUUUAGCCUCAUCAGUAAGUUCUGGGGAGACUUUGGGUCUGCGGGGCCUCUGAGCAUAUCAAAAAGAGGCUUAAGCUGACCACUAGUUAAUUUAAGGCUAGGUCUGAUCCAGUUAAUAUCUCCCAAAAACGUUUGGAAAUCAUUCAGUGUACUGAGAUGGGCAGUAGAUAGGACAGGAGUCUUAUAGGACACUUGAUUGGAGUCAAUGAGGCGACCCAAGUAAUGGAAAGGAGUUACCUUUUGGACUUUGUCAGGAGAUAUGACUAAGUUUGAAUUUGUAAGGAGGUAGCUUAAAUCCCGAAAGGCUUCCUGUAGGAGGCCGGGGGAAGGAGCGGCCAAAAGGAGAUCAUCCAUAUAAUGUAGCAAAAGGACAUCCAGAUAGCGCUCACUGAGGGGCGCAAUUACUUAAGCAACAAAUUUCUGACACAAGGUGGGGCUGUUCGCCAUACCUUGAGGAAGAACGGUCCACUCAUAGCGCUCAAAAGACCUGUCAAAAUUGGUGGCAGGAACACUGAAGGCAAACCUGCAGCAAUCUUGAGGUGCCAAGGGGAUGGAAAAGAAGCAAUCUUUCAAAUCAAUAACUAGUCAUUCCCAAUUCUGAGGAACAAGAAUAGGCGAAGGGAGACCAGGUUGCAGUGGUCCCAUGACUUCCAUAAUUCAUUUACUUUCCUAAGGUCUUGUAAAGGGAAGCUUUUCUCCAUGGGCAGAGAAUGGACUGGAAACUAGUAUUAGCAUUUUCAUAGGCCAAUUGUUUUGUAAAUAAUUGAGCUGACUCGCUAUCUCCAAAUUGCCGUUUGACUGCCUGCAUUAAUCUAGAGACAAAAUUUUGGUAAGGUUCCUCAUUUCCCGGUUUAAUUUUGGUAAUUUCAUCAGUAAAUUCUCCAUGAGUGGGAAGCUUUCUCCAGGCACACAAAGCUAAAGCAUUUACCUGCCCAAACGCCGCUUCUGGGAGGGCAACUUGUGCCUGAACACUUUCAUAAUCACCUGUACCUUUUAACAUCUGCAAAUUAACUCCCACUAUUUGUCUCUCAUUCCUUUCCGCCACAUCGAAAGCGGCAUUAUCAUAAUAAGCUUUCCACAAUAAGUAGUCGCUGCCUGAAAGGCAGGCGUUGGCGACGUGAUGCCAGUCUGCAGGGGUCAUGGCCUGAGUACCAAAAUUUUCAAGUAAAGAGAGAGUAUAAGGUGCAGUAGGUCCGUAAUUACUCACUGCCUCCUUGAAAUCUUUCAGGAAUUUUGGCGGAAUAGGUUCAUAAUGAUGGACAAUCUCACCAUUUUGAUUGGUCACUUCUAUAAGGGGACAGAUGAGGUGGAGGUCAGAAUCGGGAAAUCCGUUUCAUAGAUUCAAAGGCAUAAGUAGUUGCAAGGAUAGGUUAUCUUGGGGUAGAGCGCACCACAGGCUUAGAGGAAGGCGUUGUAACUACAGGAAAAGCCUGAGUGGGUUUGGAAAGUGAAGCCAGGAGCCUGGAAAAUUGCUCGGGGGUAAGGAUUAAGGGCGCAGCUGAAGCCAUCACCUGCGUGUUCUCCGAAGCGCCAUUUUUUACUUCGGUUCCGAUCCCUUCAUCCCGAGCUCCUCCAUUUCCGGCUCCAGGUCCGACUCCUAGGGCAGAAUCGGGCUUGUUUAGAGGAUUACAAGGUGGUAAGUUACAGCUGCCCCCUCCAUUAUCAGGGUUAAAUUUGUAAAAGAAAGAAGAGGGAUUAGAAGCAAGAGAAGCAGCAGGCAGGCAGACUGGCGCAACUGUGGCCAAACCGAAAGAAGCAGCUCUGCCUGCGGGGAAGAUUGAUGAGUGGCGGCGUAUUCCUCAAUAUUAGUUCCUAUUUUACUCCAGGUAGAUUCAUCUAAUGAUCCCUCCUCAGGGACCCACGGGCACAAUUCGUAAACAAUCUCUAAAAACUUAGAAACAUGUUCCAUUUUUACAUCAGCACCUUUAUUUCUUAACAUUUCAUGUAAUAAUUUCGUGAACACAGACUGAUUUCUGGACUCACAUUGCUCCAUAUUUUACUCCCAAUGAAUUUUGAGUCCAGAACUACAAGAACCGCAGCCUUAUCUUGUCUCCUCUGAUUUGGGGUGCGUCCCUGUCCUGGGCACCAGAUGUUGGGGUCUGGCAUGUCUGCGGGGGGGUACUGACCUGCGGGAGUCCCCGAGACCGCCAACGUAGAUGUCUCAUUCAACCUGAGGGACAGACUGUGCGGAAGUGAAAGAAAAAAGGAAAGCGGAGUCUGGAGGUCUGCGUAUCUUAUGGUCAAAACGCAGCAAGUUUAUUCUUGUGGGCUACAGCUUUUAUACCUUUUUUCUUGUUACACUUACUUUAUCUCAGCAGAAAAGGGGUAAACAGAAGAAAUAGAAACUCCAUAAAAAUAGUGAUCAGGGGCUUGCGAUAACCGCUCACAAAGCAGUUUAAGGGGGCUUGUGAUAAUAGUUUACAAAGCAGUUUAUGUUUUUCAAAGAUGCACAGUGCAAACAAACAAUGGCGCCUUUAAGGUGGCUUGUUGAUCCUGUUUUCCAUCAGGGGGUAGAUCAAAGGCUUAGCUCCAGGGAAAAUAUGGGCAGGGGUCUCUUGUCCCUCUUAGGCAUCUCGAUUGUAGCAAGUUUAUUGCUUACACAGAGACUGAUGGGGACAUGAAAGCAGACAGCACAAUGUCCUCAUAAACCGCAGACCUUUGCUUUGUAUUCUGUUUUUGCCUCAGUGACUCAGCCCGAGGCCUUUUGUCUCAGCUCGACAGCCCUCGAGAGGUGGGAGUGCAGAUAGGUCCAGCAGCCAAGAUGGGGCAAGUCACGCUAACUGUCUCAAGCCCUUGGCGUGAACGCUGCAUAAUUUUAGCCUUUUUUCUUUUCUUAGAGUCUUGCUUUGUCCCCCAGGAUGGAGUGAGUGGCACAAUUUCGGCUCACUGCAUGCAACCUCUGCCUCCAGGUUCAAGCAAUUCUCCUGCCUCAGCCUCCUGAAUAGCUGGGAUUACAGGUGCCUGACACCAUGCCUGGCUAGGUUUUGUAUCUUUAGUAGAGACGGGGUUUAGCCAUGUUGGCCAGGCUGGUCGUGAACUCCUGACCUCAUGAUCUGCCCACCUUGGAUUCCCAAAGUGCUGGGAUUACAGGAGUGAGCCACCUGGCCCAGCCUAGCCAUUUUAAUGUGUACAAUUCAGUGGCAUUGUUACCAUCACAGCUUUGUAUAACCAUCAUCACUACUUUCAAAACUUUUCAUCACUCCAAACAGAAACCCUACACCCAUUAAACAAUGCUUCUUCAACCCUCCUUCCCCAGCCCCUGAACCUUUAAUCUAAUCUACCUUCUGUCUCUAAGAAUCUUCAUUCUUGAUACUUCACGUUAAGUAAAUCACACAUUUGUCUUUUCGCGAGUGGCUUAUUUUACAUAACACAAUGUUUUCAGGGUUUAUUCAUGGUGUAUCCUGUGUUAGAACUUCCUUGCUUUUUAAGGGUGAAAAGUAUUUCAUCGUUUGUAUGGACCACAUUUUGUUUAUCUUUCCAUCCACCCAUGGACGCAUGGGCUGUUUCCCUUUGGCUCUUGUAAAAAAUGCUGCAGUGAACACGGGGGGCACAAAUUAGGUCCGAGUCUCUGAUUUCCAUUCUUUUGGGAAUACAGCCAGAAGUAGGGUUGCUGGAUCACACGUUAGUUCUAUUUUUUCUUCUAGAAAGGCAGAUUGCCACAGGCAGCUCCUCAUUUGGAUGUGUUUGCAGUCUUGACAACCUUACGUUCUCCUACAAAUGGACCUUGAGCGCUUGUUUGGAGCUUCUAGCGGGGGAGCGCAGCACCUCUACCGGGUAUGGUUGUCCUCUUCGACUGAGCCGCAGCUUCGGGAAGGACACACUCGAAGUGGCGAGGAAGGGACACCCGCCCAGCCAGCCAGAGCAGCCAAAUCAACCCUGGCGGUUACUGGGGUGACAGAUGUCACAGCCGGAUCGCCCUCAAGUCCGGCAGUUCUACUUUUUUUUUUUUUUUUUGAGACAGAGUUUCGCGCUUGUUAUCCAGGCUGGAGUGCAAUGGCGCGAUCUCGGCUCACUGCAACCUCCGCCUCCUGGGUUCAGGCAAUUCUCCUACCUCAGCCUCCUGAGUAGCUGGGAUUACAGGCACGCGCCACCAUGCCCAGCUAAUUUUUUGUAUAUUUUUUAGUAGAGACGGGGUUUCACCAUGUUGACCAGGAUGGUUUCUAUCUCUUGACCUCGUGAUCCACCCGCCUCGGCCUCCCAAAGUGCUGGGAUUACAGGCUUGAGCCACCGCGCCCGGCCUGCAGUUCUACUUUUAACCUCUUGAGGAAUCUCACCAGCUUCCUGCGGCGCUGCGCCAUUUGCAUUCCCACCAACAGCGCACUGAGGUUUACACGGGAACACGUUCUUACGGAACCACAAGCUUUCCUGCUUUCAGGGCUCCAACAGCUCUAUCCAAGGAACCUUGCUCUCCUACGUCUUCUCCUCCGGCCACAGUAAGAGCGUUCACAGAGCUUCCCGGGCCAACCGUAACUGCUAACUGGCCCUUCUCCCAUGGCGCCCCCCUCCCCGUAGAGCCUAACUCUCAACCGGCGCGAAAUGAAACGCAGGGACGUGGGAAGGAGUUGCAGUGCGGCCUGGGACGGUCGCAGGUCUCGCCCCUCCCGCAGUUUCCCAAGGGCACGCGAAUCCGGGCGGCACAAUCCUAGCCGGACGGCCCCCCACAGCAGGAGCCGCCACUUCCCAGCCACGACCGGGCCACUUCCGGGCGCUCACUAGUGACGUCCCGCCUUCUCUGCUUGUGUGCGGCUCCGCCUCCCCGCUGCCACUGCCAGGGCGACGGCGGGUCGUAGGCGGCCGGCCGACAUCCGGGCCCGCUCCCCGCGGCUCCGCCCCGGCCCGCUCCGCUCCGCCUCGCCCCGCCCGCGGGGAAACGGUCGCGUAGCGAUGACGUCGCGGGGGCCUGGCCGGGCGUCGGGGACUCAGGAGAUGGAGGAAAAGGAGAUAUUACGGCGGCAGAUCCGCCUCCUGCAGGGUCUCAUCGAUGACUACAAAACCCUCCACGGCAAUGCCCCAGCCCCAGGCACACCAGUAGCUUCCCAGUGGCAGCCACCCACUUAUCACAGUGGCAGGGCGUUCAGUGCCCGUUACCCUCGUCCAAGCCGGAGAGGCUACUCCUCACACCAUGGGACUUCGUGGCGCAAGAAAUACUCCCUAGUGAAUUGGCCUCCGGGACCCUCAGACCCACCUGGCGACCAUGCUGUGCAGCCAUUGCACGGGGCUAGGGGUGGCCAGGCUCCUGACCCACGGCAGCAUGUCCUUGAGAGACAGGUCCCGCUCAGUCAAGGUCAGAACAUGGUCAUCAAAAUUAAACCACCAUCAAAGUCUGGCUCUGCCAAGGCUUUAGGGGCCCAGCGGGCCUCUUUGGAAGAAUAUGAGGACACCCCCUGGAAGGACCAAAGGCCCCAGGAAGGUGAAGGUGAGCCCCCUGGGGGACAGCUGCAGCCCUCAAGACCAGCAAGAGCCAGGGGCACCUGCAGUGUGGAAGAUCCUCUUCUGGUCUGCCAGAAGGAGCCUGGUAAGCCCAGGGUGGUGAAGUCUGUGGGUAAUGUAGGCGAUAGCCCCCUGGAGCCCUGCCGGACUGUCAGUGAGAGUGUGACUGCCGUCAAGGCCAGCUUCCCGUCCUCCACUCUGCCCCCACGCACUGGCACGGCCGUAGGCCGGAAGGUGGCUUCUCAUUCUGUGGCCAGCUGUGCUACACAGUUCCUCGGGGAUGGGAGAGUAGAUGCUGGCCACGAACAUCAGCCAGUUCUGUCUGGCUCAGUGGUGGGCCCAGGCAGACCAGCCUCAGGAUCCAGGCAGGCCCGGGAGGCCUCGCCGCUUGUGUCCUUUCGAACUAACAAGUUCCGGAAAAACAACUACAAAUGGGUGGCCACCUCCGCGAAGAGUCCUCGGGCUGCUCGGAGGGCGCUCAGUCCCAGACUGGCUGCGGAGAAUGUGUGCAAGGCUGCAGCUGGCACGGCAGGCAAGGUGGAGAAGCCACAACUCAGAGCCGACCCAGAGCUCAAGCCCAGGAAGCCAGCCACGUCCUCCCAGCCAGGGUCUGCCCCCAGCAAGUACAAGUGGAAGGCAUCCAGCCCCUCUGCCUCCUCCUCUUCCUCCUUCCGUUGGCGUUCGGAGGCCGGCAGCAAGGAACAUGCCUCCCAGCUCUCCCCAGUCCUGUCUAGGUCCCCGUCGGGGGACAGACCAACGGUAGGACCCAGUGGCUUGAAGCCUCUCUCUGGGGAGACCUCACUCUCAGCUUACAAAGUGAAGAGCCGCACCAAGAUCAUCCGGAGGCGGGGCAGUACAAGCCUUCCUGGAGACAAGAAAAGCAGCCCCUCACUUGCCACCACCACCAAGAGCCACCUCAGCGUCCGGCGGAGACAGGCCCUCCGGGGGAAGAGCAGCCCUGUCCUGAAGAAGACCCCUAACAAGGGCCUGGUACAGGUCACCACACACCGGCUGUGCCGCCUGCCCGUGAGCCGGGCCCACCUCCCCACCAAGGAAGCAUCCAGCCUGCAUGCCCUGCGGAGUCCACCCACUAGCAAGGUGAUCAAGACUCGCUACCGCAUCGUCAAGAAGACCCCAGCCUCAUCUCUCGGCACCCCGGCCUUCCCCCUGUCUCUGCCCUCCUGGCGGGCCCGGCGGCUCUCACUAUCCAGGUCCCUGGUGCUGAGCCGCCUGCGUCCAGUUGUCAGUGGGGGUGGGAAAGCCCAACCAGGCUCCCCUCGGUGGCGGGGCAAAGGCUACCGCUGCAUCGGAGGGGUCCUCUACAAAGUGUCUGCCAACAAGCUCUCCAAGACCUCCGGCCAGCCUGGUGAUGCCGGCAGCAGGCCCCUCGUCCGCACAGGCCGGCUGGACCCUGCAGGCAGCUGUAGCCGUUCCCUGGCCAGCCGGGCAGUGCAGCGCAGCCUGGCCAUCAUCCGUCAGGCGCGGCAGCGGAGGGAGAAGAGGAAGGAGUUCUGCAUGUACUACAACCGCUUUGGCAGGUGCAACCGUGGCGAGCGCUGCCCCUACAUCCACGACCCUGAGAAGGUGGCCGUGUGCACCAGGUUUGUCCGGGGCACCUGCAAGAAGACGGAUGGGACCUGCCCCUUCUCCCACCAUGUGUCCAAGGAGAAGAUGCCCGUGUGCUCGUACUUUCUGAAGGGCAUCUGCAGCAACAGCAACUGCCCCUACAGCCACGUGUACGUGUCCCGCAAGGCCGAGGUCUGCAGCGACUUCCUCAAAGGCUACUGCCCCCUGGGUGCAAAGUGCAAGAAGAAACACACACUGCUGUGCCCUGACUUCGCCCGCAGGGGGUCGUGUCCCCGGGGCACCCAGUGCCAGCUGCUCCACCGUACCCGGAAACGCCAUAGUCGGCGGGCAGCCACAUCCCCCACCCCAGGACCCAGCGACACUGCUGCCAGGAGCACAGCCUCGGCCAGCCACGGGUCCAGGAAGCCCUUGGCAGCCCAGCGCCCCACCAGGCAGAUGCCCAGCUCUCCUGCCCUCACUGUGGCUGCCCUGGCUGCGCCUCCCCACUCCCCAGGGGUGUCAGCCUCUCCCUCAUCCUCCAAGGCUUCCUCCUCCUCUUCUUCCUCCUCUUCUCCUUCCUCCUCCCCCGCCUCCCCCUCCUCCCUGUCUCCUCUCAAUUCCUUGGACCAGGAGGCCCCCUCUCUCCAGGAGGCCGCCUCAGUAGUGGCGCGCUCCAGCAGGCUCUGCAAGCUGCCUUCCUUCAUCUCUCUGAAGUCCUCGCCGAGCCCAGGAGGCCAGCCCAGGGCCCGGGCCCCCAGGGUCCCCUUGACCAAGGACUCAGGUAGGCAGCAUGGCCUGGCUCGGGCACGGGGGAGUUUUAAAUGCCCAUCUCAGACCACCACGUCAGAAUCUCCAGGUGGAGCCUGGGUGAGUCCUGAGGGCGCCAGGUGUGCACCUGCCAGCCCGGGGGGCAGGGCCAGCCGGGGGCGAGUGUAGCGGUGGCCGCUGCACAGUCUGCCCCAGCUGAGGGCUGAUUUAAUUAGAAAGCACCCAUUUCUGUUAAUUUGUUCUGGAAGAUCACGGCGCACUCCUGGAGAGAACAGAUGUUCCCUCUCCCCCAGUGAGCAUUUGGGGCUUGGUAAAUGGCUCCACUCAGCCUUGUUUAGGAGAGAAAAGAGGAUUUUAUGGCUGCAAACGACCCUUUCUGUAAACAUUUUACAGCUCUCCGCGCGUUUGAGUGACGAUAAACCCCACGCAGCUCGGCGGGCAGCAAAUCUGCGGCCAUACGGCUAUCGUUUUAUUGUCAUAUUUCACGGUCGUAACGUUAAUGGGAGAUGCUUGCUGCAGCCUUCUCCAGCAGCUCCGCUGAGCACGCCCAAACGCCUGCCUCGGAGGGGCUGCCUCCUGCUCACAGCCUCCACAUUGGGCAUGGAGUGUGGCCAGACCCCGCCCCACGAGACCUGGGCACCCGCUCCCUCCGUCUGGGCGGGUGUCUCUGGGGUGGGGGAGCAGAUAGGCCCCAGGCAGCCACCUCUUCUAUUUUUUUUUUAAGAUCAGGAACCCGGCAGCCAAUUCCAGAGCCAGCAGAGGUGGGCAGGGUGCUGAGGGGUCCCAUGUGCAGCUUGGGUGGGCCCCUCAAAAGGCUGCUGUGGCCGGCACUCGGGCAGGUGGAGGUGCCUGGGAUGGUUUCUGGGUAGGAAGCUGGGCUGCAGUGCUGGCACCGCCACAGGGUCAGGCUGACAGGUCAGAGCAGGGUAGUCUGCUGCCUGGGCCCACAGCAGUGUUCGGGCAAGUGGGCUCGUCUGCCCUGAAGAGGGUCACUGGGGCAAGGCCAGUCUUGGGACAGCUACAUGGAGGCGUCUGUAUUCAGUGGGCUGCUAUGGUGUCCGUGGGGUGGUCUGGAGGAGAUCUGGGGAGGGAGGAGAGGCGCCGGCACCUAGUGAGUGGGUGCUCACAAGGCAGGAGCCCCCGAGGUCCCCCCGCUGUGGGGAACUGCUUCCUCCCACACCUGCCUCCAGGUCCUGCCCGCCUCACCCUGGGGCCUCUGUCCUGCCCUGCCCCUCCUGCCACAGCUUGUGUGCACCCCAGCUUUCCCCAUGGAAGGUGCAGCAUGGCCGCCUCACGGGCCUGGCAGCCUCACUGCAGGUGUGAGUGUGUGGGGUUGCCUGGUGCUGUGUGUGCUGGGACCCAUGGCUUAACCUGCAGACCCUGUAGCUAGGACCGCUGCCCCUGCCAGGAGGACCCUUGGUUUGCAGGCAGAAGCCUCAGUUUACCCCAUAGUCUGAGCCUGCACCACGGUUGGACAGGCACAGUGGCUCACCAGGACCCAUUGGCCACAGGGUCAGGAGCUGAGGCCUGUGGCCUGUGUGUGCUCUUCUCUCUCGAACCCAGAUCCUGUUAGCUUGGGUUGACAGAGCUGCCCUGUCCUGAGCCCCAGACCAGGAGUGUUGCAGACUGCAGAGGGUCUUCUGGGGCUGACAGAGCUGCCCCGUCCUGAGCCCCAGCCCAGGAGUGUUGCAGACUGCGGAGGGUCUUCUAGGGCUUUCCUGGCACCUGACUUUUGCCCUCUUCCACAGGGAAGCUUCUGCAUAUCAAGCCACGUUUGUGAGGACCCCAGGAACCCACCUGCACCUACCUCAGACCCUGGUCCUUGGAGAGGAAAGAGGCUCUGUCUGCCACUCUGCCCCAGAGGAGGGCUGCCCACCACCAAGCCCCACCUGGGGCCACAGGGACACUGUUCUGCCUGCCUGGAAACUUCCGUGACCAGUGUGUGCCCAGGGCCUGGCCCCUGUCCCCACCCACCACCCUCCAGGGUGCCAAGCAGGGGUGGCCUCCAGGCCUGUUCCCCACAGCCGUUGGCAGCAGUGGCCCUGCGGCCCCCCAGCCCUCUCCACCCAGGUCUUGAGCCCAGUAAAGAGGCCACUGGCCAGGCCUCCCAGGCAGGUGUUUUAUGUUCAGCAAUAAAGGUUCUGUCCAUAA